GGAUGGCGGCGGCCAGGUCCCAGUUGCACCUGGGCUCGCCCCCGCGGGAAGCCUGCUCCGGGGGAGCCAGCUCCGGGCCCCGGGCCCCGACGCCGCAGCCCCUGGUGCUGUGCAACAGGAUCCCGGGCCAGCCCCUCCACCAGGACGGCCGCACGCUCGUGCCGCUGGCCCAGGCAGUCCCUCUGCAGGUGGACAUGGCCAUGGCCCUGCAACGCGUAAGGAUCUCCGAGAACUACGGUAAGAGCUACCUCUGCCUCCUGCAAGCGGUGUCCGCUGCAGAAACUGAGCUGCUUCUCCGUGUAAAGGACAUCAGUCAUUUCUUGAUGCAGAAUAUCGCCUUCUUGUCUGGAGGUCGGGGGAAGGACAAUGCUUGGAUCAUUACGUUUCCAGAAAAUUGUAAUUUCAGAUGUAUACCAGAAGAUGUGAUAGCAAAAGUGCUGACUUAUUUGAUGUCAGUUGCGAGGCAAAAUGGAUCUGACUCCCGGUUUACCCUUAUCGUUGAUCGACGAUUGGAUACAUGGUUUUCCCUCAAAAUCUCUCUCCAAAAAAUCUCGGCUUCCUUCCCUGGGAACUUGCACUUGGUUUUGGUUCUGCGUCCUACCGGUUUUCUUCAACGAACUUUCACAGACAUUGGAUUUCGACGUAGUCAGGAAGAUUUCAUGCUCAAAUUACCGGUUGUUAUGCUGAGCUCAGUUAGUGAUUUGCGGACAUACGUUGAUGACAAGCAGUUAACCCCCGAGUUAGGCGGCACCUUGCAGUACUGCCACAGUGAAUGGAUCAUCUUCAGAAAUGCUAUAGAGAAUUUUGCCCUUACAGUGAAAGAAAUGGCUCAAAUGUUACAGUCCUUUGGAGCUGAAAUUGCUGAGACAGAACUACCAGAUGAUAUUCCUUCAACAGAAGAAAUUCUCGCAGUUCGUGCUGAAAGGUAUCACCUGUUAAAGAAUAAUAUUACAACUAUAACUGAAGAAGGAAAACUUCUGCUUACAAAUCUGGAAGCAUCUGACACUGAAGAAGCUGUCAGUUCAGGAGUUGAACAUUUUGAACAAAUAAACAGUGACUGGCACACCAUUAAUAAAUUGCUGUCUCAAUUACAUGAUAUGGAAACAGCUUUUGAUAGAUUCUGGGAAAAACACCAAGUAAAAAUGGAGCAGUAUCUGCAACUAUGGAAAUUUGAGCAGAAUUUUCACAAGCUUGUGAGUGAAAUUGAACUUCUGUUAAACCAACAAGCAGAGUUAGCAGAUUUAACGGGAAAUAUAGUUGAAGUAAAACAAAAAAUAAAAAAGUUGGAAAACAUAGAUGACAGUUCUCAGGAUCUGUUAGCAAAGACCCAGUUUGUGAUAUCACACGGCCACAAACUUACAGCAGAUCACCAUUAUGCACUUGAUUUGAUCUGCCAGCAGUGCCAUGAGCUACGUUACUUUUCUGAUACAUUGGUUAAUGAGAUCAAAGCCAGACGGAUACACCUCAGCAGGACCUUCAAAAUGCAUCAAUUCCUACAGCAGGCUCAGCAGUGCUGUGAUGAAGGAGAAUAUGUUCUAGCUACUCAGGAAGUAGAUACAUUUCAGUCUAAAGAAGAUGCUGAGAAAGCCCUCAAAGACGUUGAAAAUUUUAUUGAAAUGGCCCUGCCCUUCACAAAUUAUGAUCCUGAAGCUCUGCAGUAUGAAUUUGGUAUAAUUUUAUCUCCUGAACUCAAGCUUCAGAUGAGGAGUGUACAACUCAAGCUCGGAAAUAUGCAAAGUAUGUUAGAGAACCAACAAGGUGGUUUCAGGAAACUGACAGAUAAGCAUGUGAGGCCAGUCCAGUUUGUGGCACCUGAUUCUAGCAAUUUGAUCCAAUCCAGAGCACCACGCUUCUCACCUCAACAUGUGGGCAUCGGAUGCACUUUCUUUCAAGCAUGUACAGUUUUUACAAAAGGGAGGAAGAUUUGGAGACAAAAUCGGAGCAACUUGGAAAUUGAAGUGAUACGUGGUUGUCAGGAGAAGAGGAUUUCUGAUCCAUCCACCAGUUUGGGCAAUGACAAUAGCUUGGCUGUUUUAAAGAACUGCGUCCUCACUGAGCUGAUACAGACAGAGAGGGUGUAUGUUUUAGAGCUGUACACCGUUUUGCUGGGUUAUAGAGCGGAGAUGAAUAAUCCAGAGAUGUUUGAUCUUAUGCCACCUCUCCUGAGAAGUAAAAGGGAUGUUCUCUUUGGAAAUAUGGCAGAAAUAUAUGAAUUCCAUAACAACAUUUUCCUGAGCAGUCUGGAAAAUUGCGUUGGUGCUCCAGAAGGAGUGGGACCUUGUUUCUUGGAAAGGAAAGAUGAUUUUCAGAUGUAUGCAAUAUAUUGUCAGAAUAAACCCAGAUCAGAGGCAAUUUGGAAGAAGUUUUCAGAAUGUGCCUUUUUCCAGGAAUGUCGAAGAAAACUAAAACACAGACUUGGUCUGGAUACCUAUUUAGUCAAACCAGUGCAACGACUCACUAAAUAUCAGUUGCUGUUGAAGGAGCUAUUGAAAUAUAGCAAAGACUGCAAAGGAUCUGAUGAAUUAAACAAGGCACUUGACACAAUGCAGGAUUUACUGAAGUCAGUUAAUGACUCUAUGCAUCAGACUGCAAUACAUGGCUAUAUUGGAAACUUAAACGAACUGGGCAAGAUGAUAAUUCAAGGUGCAUUCAGCGUUUGGAAUGGACACAAGAAAGGUGCUACAAAAAUGAAGGAUUUUGCUAGAUUCAAACCAAUGCAGCGGCACAUUUUCUUGUAUGAAAAAGCCGUUAUUUUUUGUAAGAGGCAUGUUGAAAGCGGAGAAGGCUCUACCAGAUACCCUUCAUACAAUUUUAAGCACUGUUUGAAAAUGGAUGAAGUUGGAGUCACUGAAUAUGUAAAAGGAGAUGACCGCAAGUUUGAGAUCUGGUAUGCUGGGAAGGAAGAACUUUAUAUCAUCCAGGCUCCAAAUACCAAUGUGAAGAUGACAUGGGUAAAAGAAAUAAGAAUUAUUUUGUUGAAGCAACAAGAACUUAAGACAGUCAAGGAAGAAAAGCAACAUAAUCAGUUAACAAAGCAGAAUAAGCAUUCUUCUCAGCAGAAUGAUGAAAAGCAACAGGGAGCUUUUAUAGGUACCAAGGAAACUGAAUCAGAACACAGCCGCACCAUGGUGGAGGUCGGUGAGGUAGGCGUGUCAGUUCAGGCAGUAGACACAGUUGGGACUGAGAUGCCACCACCUUUAGAAAUCUCUGAAGCAACUGAGGAAUGGCUAAGCAACAAUUUCUACUCUUCUUAUGAUGACAAUGAAGGAGAUGAAAAGCCCCUAAUGGAUCCUAGUGGACUUUCAGAGAGGAGUUGGGACAGUUUCGGGUCUAUCUCCACUUUUCUGAAGUCACCAGCGUGGAGGGUGGUAAUGAUGCUUUGUAGUGGACAGUUCCUUGGUGCCCUUCAGAGGAACAAAUUCAAUUUGGCAAAUCUAAUUUGGAGUAAGGGAGUGAUGGUGUGGAAAAUUACAAAGCACAACAGCAUGAACUCUAAAAUGCCGUCUUUUCAAAAGUAACAAUAUUCUUUCUGUGAAUAAUACCACGACCAUAACACAUAUUUGUAUGACAGUUUACAGUUUACAAAGUGAUUUCACAUUAUAAUAUUUAUAGUAUUAGUGAUGGAAUGGGCAGGCUUUAUCACCUGUGAUUGACAAUAGUUUACAUCUGUUGAUAUUUACCAUAUUAUAAACUAAAACUGAGAAAUAGAGAAUUACUUAUUCAUAAUUUAAAAAUGUUAAUCAACCCAUUACAAGUUUACAUAAAUAACAUUUUUAUUAAAAAUUUACCUUUUCAAGCAAAAAAGUAAGUGGAAAGAGUGGCAUUUUAAAUAUUUUUGUAAAUCUCUAAUAUCUGACUUCAGAAGACACAGCUAGAUUCUCCUACCUGCUUUUGUAUUCAUUCUCUUGUGCUGUCACACAUCGGGUAGUCUCCAGAAAAAUCUACUGUAUAUUUGUGAAAGGAUGAGAGUGAAAAGGGCAAAUAAUGUUUUAGUGUAGGUUUGACUCUUGCAGACUUUUGAACUUCAAAUGGUCAGCCUCCCAAACUUCGAGAACUGCAGGUUUAGAUUCUUAGUAAAAAGAUCUUCUAUAUCCUUAAUUCAUAUUAUCUGAGGAUGGGAAAAGUAGUUGCCAGAUGUGAACAAAGUCAGGAGAAACCAAUUUGGGUUCAGCAUUUGCUGUAGAUGCUCUAUGAAGGAACUGUCAAGAAUGUUAGUAUUCAAUAAGCAUUUUUCUGGCUAUGUCGUCAGAAAAUACAGCAAGUAUGCCAAAUUAAUGAAUGCUUUAAUUACAGAAGAGGGGAAUGCCGAAAAACCUGCUAGUUCUCUUCUCCCAGCAAUUCCCGGAGUUGAGCUACUAAGGAAAACAUACAAAAGCAAUACGGUGCAUUCCAUCCUCACCCUCAUCAAAAAAACCCCAAAAUAAACAACAAACAGGUUGAAAAGAACCGCUCUUGUACUCCCACUUUACCAAGUCAAAAAUCUCAGAAAUAAAGGGAGCUGCUUCCCUUGUAGAGGCCCGUAUUGGGAUGGUCUUCUAUUACGAUGAAGCUACUAUGUUACAUGGCCAGUAGCUCUUUUCCUGAGUGCUCCUCAGCCCAUUUGAUAAAAUUGCUGCUCAGAAGAUGUUCAACCCAAGUGACGUGGGUAUUGUUUUCAGGUUAAUUCCUUUGGACAUGCAAGAAAUCAGCACCACAUAAUUCUUUUCUUUCAUUAAAAUUUUUUUUUAUUAUGUUACUCAUUUUAAAAUCAUGUAAGUGUGUAAGACUUUGUGCUAGAAAAAACUUAUCUCAGAAUAGUUUUGGAUUUGAGAAUUUUUAUUUCUUCUCUGUCUACUUUCUAACAAGAUGCUGUCCGUGUGCCUUGGAUUAUGUAGUUUAUUAAUGAGUCAACUUAAAAAUAUAGCUAUAAAAAAAAGAUUAAGAUGAAGUAAAGCACAGCAUUAUGAUUUAAUAUGCUUUUAUUGGACCCAGAGCUUUUGUGCCCAUUAUUUUUACCUGUGCAAAGUGAUAUGAAGCCCAGAAAGCCUUUGGGGACAUUAGUAAAUGCCUUUGUUCAGCACCACUGCCUUUUGUAUGUGCCAAGAUAAAUUUUUCAUAAGCAUAGUUUACAAAUAACAGUAUUUGAAAAUUAUUUUUGUGCUUGUUUUUUUUUUUUUUUGCCCCUGGAAUUGUGCUUGUAACUCAUGUGACUUAAAUUAGUUGUGUUCUUUUAUUUUCUGUGUAGUUCAUGCUGUAAUUCUCUUUUGACAAAUUAAAAUGAAUU